GCGAAAGGAACAGGUUUAAACGCAGACUAACAGGCCCGUCCUGUCCUCCCUUCCCCCUCCCUCAGGUGGACGCACAGCUGCUGGUGGUGCAGAAACUGGAAGAGAAGGAACGCGUGCUCCAGAGCAGCCUGGCUAUGGUGGAGAAGGAGCUGACCCUGAGAAGCCAGGCUCUGGAACUCAACAAGAGGAAGGCUGUGGAAGCUGCCCAGCUUGCUGAGGAUCUGAAAGUGCAGCUCGAACACACCCAGGCCAAACUGAAGGAGAUUCAGUCUGCCAUGUCGGACAACUGUUUCGCCAAAGAGAAGGAAUCCUUCAACCUGAAACGUGCACAGGUAAGUGACGGUCAACUCACCAUCGCCACGCCGCGACCCGAUUCCAGUCUGGAAAUCACUCCCCGGGGAGCUGUUAUACUGCAUAUAAACCCCAUCCCGAACCCCUCGAUUAGAUUCCAGUCUGUAACUCACUCCCGGGUAUCUGUUAUACUGUAUAUA